AUUUAGGACAACACGUAAACGCAGCACGCCCGAAGCAAGGGGGCUGAACAACAAUGGCGAGGCCUCGUUGCAAAAAAUGUAGGUUUCAAGCCAAAACACAUUGACAACUGGCGAAAGGGACUCCCUUCAGCCAAGAGUGCUUCAUUCAUCUUACUUUUCACUCCUUAUCUUUUGGACUCAACUUCCGGCGUCGCGACGUACUUCCGUGGACGUACAGAAGAAAAGGUCUGGACCCUCCUAGAUGCCAUUCUGUCCGAUAAACCCAGAUGGAUGUAGCCCGUGGAAGAUGCAUGCUGCAGAAAAUAAACCAGGGAAAACCCUGAACCGAACAACAGAAGCCAAUACAAGGGAUGAGAAAGCCAAACAAUGGGAGAAAGUGCUGACACGUAGAAAUGUUACAAAGGCGCCGACUUCCAGGUGUCUGAAUGACAGGUGUUAUGUGAUCAGAAAGCCUCUGUUCUCCAUCGAACAACCAUCCAUUUUAAAGAAGACUCUUCAAAACAAGCACACACAGAAGGAGAAAUAUGCAUGUUUAGGUUACAAGAAAAUGGAUGAAGAUCAGCAUUCCACCAACACAAAUUACCAGACUAUGUCAGGAGAGGACCCAGUGAACUACAGCUUCUGUCCCAGCAAUACCUCCGUUUAUUCAACUUUGAAAGCAACGCACGGCUCACCGCUGGCUAUCUCAGAGCUCAGAGGCUGCACUGAACACGAAGAACCUUCCUCUUCUCCACCUAUUUUCCCUAGAAGAAGACCAACUAAGUGCAGCUUCUCCAGCUCCUUCCUUGAGUUCCAGAAAAUGCAGCGUCCUCUAAUGCCGCAAAUGGCGUCUACUGGUCACAACCCCACCUACACACCACGCUCUAUGUCUUACUCCAACAGAGGCCAAACAGAGCUCAAAAGACCUUCUUCAGAAGUGUGGUCAAGUAGACAAGAUAUGUCCUUAUAUGAAGCAAACUAUUGGGACUGUGCUAUCCCUAAAUCUGUGCACCCAAUCUCAAAUAGGCAGACUGCAGACUGGGAUCCAAACAGGGAGUACCAAGCCCUCCUCGACUACACCUACCCUCUCAGGCCUGGACAGGUGGACAGUGAGUGGGAUAACUUUGACCGCCACAGAGGUUCUCUCCAACAAACAGACCUGAACUUGCAGGAUUCUGGAAUUGAACUGGACAACUGUUGUAGCUUUACCAGCCUGUCUGGAUUGAAUUUAAGCCCAAGCAGCAACAUACAAACAAAAAUGUGGAAGACGCUGAGUGGUGAUCAGAAAAUCGGUUCCUCAGAUCUGCACUCAUAUACGCAAUCUGCUGGGGUGUCUUUGGACAGUUUGGACUUUGGUGCGAGCAAAGACUUAGUGAAUUAUCACCAGGAUGGAGGUCAGCUUCAAUAUUCACAACCCUCAUACACCAGUGCUUUAAUCCGUACAACAAGGGUUCUUCCUCAGUCCAAAUGUGUUGGUGGGGACUGUUUGGACUUUGGUACGAGCAAAGACUUAGUGAAUUGUCACCAGGAUGGAGGUCAGCUUCAAUAUUCACAACCCUCAUCCACCAAUGCUUUAAUGCGUACAACAAGUGUUCUUCCUCAGUCCAAAUGUGUUAGUGGGGACUUAGACAAUGAGUUCUGGUGUCUGCCAGAUCAGCUACAGGAGCCGCAGUUCCUCUCCAGACAGGUAAAGGACUUGACAGCCAGGCUUGGUCUUCCUGUCACAGCCAGCUGGGGGUCUUUGCAGUCAGACACAGCUUCCAUCUUCAACACAUUAACGCUACCUGUGAAGAAUUCGGUCAAAGAGGUAGAAGAAAGCAAUAAGAAUGUGAACGUAGAUGAAAGGAGUGUGGCUGAAUCAGUGAGAAGUUCCAGGCCGUGGAUAGAGUCUGAUGGAGGAGGACUGACCCACGGCAGUAUCCAGGAUGUGGAAAACUUGGUAGAGCAACUGUGUGGUCUCACUCUGAGUGACACCCAGAGGACCAUGCUGGUGGAACAGGACCAUAAUCCUUCUUUAAUACAACAGAUCUAUAUCUUCUCCUCGCUCUUAGAGCAGCAUAUCUGCUGGCUCUACAUGCUUUCUGAUAAGAUGGACGUGUUGGCUGCACCCACUGACGACGUGAAGAGGUUACUUUCUGAAUACCAGCAAGAGGUGAGCGUUCAUCAGCCGCUGAUAUCUCGUGUUCUGCACACAGGUGAGCAGCUCCUCAGCUCCAUGGAGGCCACCUGUCCAGCGAUCCAACAAGGACGAUCUGACUCAACGCAGCGAUACAGCCUAGCGGGACCAACGGAACGAUACAUGGCGCUCUUCAGGGAUUCCCCCUACUUUUUCAAAACAUACAAAGUCAACAAAAAAGAAGCACUGAGUCUGUGUAGAGGAAGUAGGCAGAUGAUGGAAAAUAACUGUAGAAUGAGGAAGAAGAUAAUUUUGUGUCUUUUCCUGCACACACAAAUUAAGUAGCUCGAACAAAGAUGGUGUAAAAGUGGCAAACUAUCUUUUCAAAUGUGAUUGCAAAGUUUGCAGUCACAUUUGAAAAGAUCAGAUUCCAAACGGAUUUAGACUACCUCCUGAUGUGGUGCGCAAAUCUCGUGCUAAAAUAUCAGAUUUGAAGCACUAUCGAGUAGCUUAUCUGUCUCACCUGAGGGCAAGAACUCUGAUUUGUGUAAAACGAGCCAGUGUUGCUGAUACCAGCAUUGAUACUUUUACUUGACAUUUUUCAAGAUCCUUAUUCAUUUUGUAAUGUUGCCUGAAAUUUGUCGAUUAUGAGGCACACAAAAAUGUUUGUAUGAACAAAAUACUGUCACGGAUAAACAGUAAAUCCAUAUAAAUAUUUGUUACAAUUUCAAAACUUUAUAUACUCCAAUACUCCUUUUUUUGUUGUUGUUAUUGUUUACUUGUGAAAAAGGAAGGUGACAAGCUAAAUAUUUAGCCUUAAGCCUGGUCGUCAAGCUAGCAAUACAACCGCGCUUCCAUCUGUUGUGGCUCCGCCACUAUCUUUUCUAAAGCCACGAGGUCGUUCUGCUCGCUUAUCUUUAAUGUUGCGUUAACAUACUGUAAUUCCCACUGCUUGCCUUACAUUUACAAUAAUUCAUUAACUUGUUGUUACCUUGUUAAAAGUUUUGAGGAUUUUAACAAAGCUGAACAUAGCCACUCAAGGCGCCACCAUCUUGCACCUAUGUCACGUUGCAACGUACAAAUAUUCUGUGUUAUUAUGCUGUUCCUUUAAUACCUUAUCAUCACGUAUUUAUACAUUACCGACCUGUGGUGAAUAAAAUGUUUUCUACCAAAAAAAGGCCUAUUUUCAGAGAAAAAGGGCACGAACUGGCAGGAUUUCCUACAAAUAAAAAAAUAAAAUUGUUGACCCAAAAUGAUGAUUUUUUUUUGACAAUGCAAUGAUUUCCGGCACUUGUAUAAGCAGAGAAAUUUAACAGGGGGUCCGCAGAGGUAUCGUAGGGGGUUUGUGAUAUUUUUAGUUGAUUGGACUUUUUAUUAAUUAAUUGAUAUAUAUUUUUAUAUUCCCCGUGAUUUUUCCACAAAUGUAAAUGUAUUUAUAUACACAUUAACAUUGAUCCAACACACUGUAGUGUAGUUUAUAAAUGGCAGUGACAUAGCCACCCUAGUCAAUGUACAUUGCAGGUAAAAUGAGUGAAUAAUUAACAAUAUUAUUAUAUUCAAGUCAUCAUUUCAAACAGAUAACGAUGGACCAAAAAUUGCUCCAUAUUCUCUUCUGCUUGCCAGUGUAACCAUAUCUGAGUUAUUGUGCAGAAAUAUGGGGAAAUAACUACAAAAGUACACUUAAUCACUGAGCAUCUUACAAAAAAGAAAGAUCAGUUAGAAUAAUACAUAAUGAAUUAUACUUACAGUGAUUAGAAAUACAUUGGAGGCAGUAACCACGGUUGACAUAUUUCACACACAAUUUCUCCGUGAUUGUUGGUCCAAAGCUAAUGAAGAUUUUGGCAAAAUGAGGGCAAUAAUUUAUUUUUAUGGUCAUUCUGUGUAUUUUAAAAAAAAAAUUGCGCCAUGGCCUGUGUGUUUAAUAGCCUGCUGGUCACCAAAAACACUACAGUGAUGUAGCAGCAGAGUGCAUCAAAUAUGUUUGCAAAAUUAUACUUUGAAGAAAUAAAAGCAAGUUUUAUUGUAAGUUUAUGAGCU